UCAACUUCACAGGUCGUGCUGCGGGCUUUCAUUGCAGGCGUUGUGUUGUGAGAAUGAGUGCUGGCCGGACUGUGGAGGGCGCAGGCUGUGUCACUUGGUGGGGUUUCGGGCCAGCAAGAGAUCUGCUUAGUGCAGGUGCUGUUAGGCAGGAAGGGAAGCGUAAUGUCUUGCUGGUGGGCAGCGGAGACCCCAGACACAUCCUAAAGACCAUCGCAGGCCUAAGAGACACUGACACACUCCAUGUUUGGGUCAUUGAGAACAGUAUGGAGGUUGUUGCCCGACAGCUGCUACUGCUCUAUCUGUCUCUGAUCACUCCGGAGAGCAUGGGCCUGAAUGAGAAGACGGAGGUGUUUCUUGAGCUGUUUGGGAACUCUGAGAUUCGCUGUCAGACUGAAGAGACACUGAAACACGUUGCUGCUCAACAUUCUCUUUCUGUUACCGACAUGCUUGACAAAUGCACUCCGUCACACCCCUGCCUUGACACUAGUCUUCUCAAGUUUAGGGAGAGAGACGAGCUGGCUCAAAUCUUUAAACAGUGGCAGCACCCCCACUCCAACCCAGCCAGUGUGUUUAAAGCCUGGGACGCCCGCGUCCGACAGCACCUGGGCACACGCUACGACUCCCGCAAAGGCUGUUUCGACUGGGACCUUACCAUGAAACUACACCAGAAAGGGUGUGGAGUCAUUAACAAACAGCAGUACAUCAAAUGGCGUGAAAGGGGUGUGGCUUUUGAGAUGAGGGAGGGGUUAUACCAACGAGCCAAUCAGAGUCUACUCUCUGUACGCGUGUUUAAUCAUAGAGGAGACAGGGUGGGACUGAGAGGAUACUGGGGAGACAUUGUCUCAAGCCCCUACCUGUCCUUUGGCAUCGAAACCGAGAACAAAGACCUUCUGAAGACACAAAACAACCAGCAUGUUAAGACUGCUCAGGAUAUCUCUGUAGCGAAUGUCCAGAUGCUGUUUGAGUCCCUUUCCGCUAGAGGGGGCCACCAUUACACUCCUCAGCUAGUCAGCGAGUGUGCAGGCUCACAGAAUAUCUCAAACAAACACACAGUGGAAACACAACCACAGUCUGACCAGUCAGCUAAUGAUGAAACAGAAUCGCCACAGCAGAGUCAGGACUCUACGGUCAACCAGACCACAGAAGAAGAGACACAAACAGUCAAGACAGCCAGUGAAAUCCAAACAGAAGUGAAUAAGCAACCUGAAACACACCACAGGACCCAUCAACUAGAAUUGAUUAAUCUACAUGGAGUGACUGUGUCAUUCCUGUCUCUGGACUCCCUGACCAAACUAGCCCAGAAAAACAGAUACAGCCAUCUGUUCAACACCAUCUACUGUUCAGCCAGUAUGGUGCACCAUUUAGAUUCUUCACUGAAACAAAUAGCUGCACCAGACGCCAUCCUGAUUGUAGAACUCGCCAAGUACCUUUUGGAUCUGUCUAAGGAGCAGGAGGCCACUUUUGCGGGGAAGGUUGGAGAGAUUGCUAAAGGAGUAGGAUUCAUGCCAGUCCAUAAACACAACAAUGAUGCGUAUGCUGUAUUCACACUGCAGAAGAACUGACAAGAUCUCACAUACGCCAUCCUGACCUCACUAUCCUCCAUAUAAACACACACAGAUCACUCCAACCCACCCAAAACAUCCACAUCAGCUGUCCUGUCCACAUACUUAGAUUUUGUAGAUUGUGGAAGAAAAACUCAGCUGAUUAUUCUGUACUUAAAAUAAUGAUUCUGCAAACAAAGUUACACAGUUAUUCAUUCACCCCAGAUGUUGUUGACCAGCCAUGUUUAGAUCUGCGAGGUGAAUUUUGGCCCUGUUGUCUGAGGUGGCUGCCUGUGGUGCUCAGCUACACCAUGCUUUUGUCAUUUUCAUAGUUCACUUCAAGUCAUACUGUGUCCUAAACCACACUAACAUUACUGAAGAUCUGGAUACAGUUUGAGUGGGUUAAGAGAAGUUUUGUGGAUGGUUUUACAGAAUUUUUUUACUUUUCCUUUACAUUUUGAGUGACUUCUGAAUUCUUGUAUUUGUUACAUUAACCUCAUAGCUUCAGUGCUAAAUUAAAGAUACAAAAUGUAGGCACUAAACAUAGAUUUUUAGUUCAUCUUAGUUGAUCAGCUACAUCUAGGUUGAACGGAAAGGUGCGUAAAGUUGAUUUUUUGUUGAACCGCUAUUUUAAAAAGCGUCAUUGCCACCCAAGGAAAUAAAAAUACAGUAAUGACACGUUUUGGCUAAAUGUGAAUUUUAAUAUAUAGUUCAUGUAAAUAAUGUACAGCUAGCAACACAAUAUCUCUCACUUACAACCUAUUUCAUGCAUUA